AUGUUUGGGUUGUGGCAGUCGGAGACGCCGGAGCAGACGAAGGCGAGGGAGACGAAGGCGAAGGCGGAAGCGAAGGCGAGGGAGACGAAGGCGAAGGCGGAAGCGAAGGCGAGGGAGACGAAGGCGAAGGAGGAAGCGCUUCUCAACGCUGCACGAGAUGGCAACUUGGCUACCGUCAUCUCCUCUCUCAACGACGGCGUCAACAUCGAGUGCUACAACAUCAAUGGUUCUACGCCACUGCACAGAGCAGCUUUAUGUGGUCGUUUGGAGAUUGUCCGCUUUUUGCUUGAAAAAGGCGCCAAGAUCGAAGCCAAAAACGACUACCUCGACACGCCACUGCACGAUGCCUCGUUAAACAAUAAAGUGGAGGUCGUUCGUCUUCUCUUGGCUUACGGCGCCAACGUCGAUGCGACAAACUUCUGGAAUCAAACGCCCCUCGUGGACGCUCAAGAAAAAGGUUUUGUCCAAGUCCAAGAGCCUUUGCGAACCGCCAUGCUUGCCAAGGCUCUGCGCGAAAAGCGCAUUCUGGACGCCAACAGUCUCCUUCGGCAAGAGAAGAUUAUCGUCAACCAUCAGGAGCCAGAUGGAACGACGUUGCUGCAUCUCGUACUAGCGAUGCAGGAUCUCAAACUGCUUGCAACCAUGCUUGAAAAAUCCAACCUCGAGAUCGACGCCACCGACUCGAGUGGGAGGACAGCGCUUGCCAUCGCACUUGCUACACGCAACAUCGAGGCAACCUACGCGCUCCUCCAAUCGAACGCGCAGCUUGACGCUGUGGACAAGAGCAUACUGGGAGCUCACAUGCACACUGUGGAAGCAGUCUUGCGCCACGCAGCAUCGACCAACAACAACGAGAUGGUGGCAGAGCUACUACAGCACGGCGCGAGCCCUGCGGCAACCAACGAGAAUGGCGAGACGGCGCUUCACUUUGCGGCUGCGAACGGCCACACUGCGAUCGUUCAAACGCUGCUGGAGAACGACAAGUCUCUGCUUGGUCUUUGCGACCAGAGUGGCAAUACGGCACUGCACGUGGCAGCCGAAAAGGCCAAGAAGGGUCACGUCGAUGCAGUCAACAAGGUCGACAAGACGACCAUGCUCAUGGCGGCGGCCACCAACAACCACGAAAGCGUCGUCAACGUCCUUCUCAGCUACCUCGUGUCGACGUUGAUCUUGGACGAUGCGUCGUACAAGGCAUUGACGACGCAUCGCAAGGAGCUGGUCGCGGCUCAAGGGUAUCUCGACCAGCGAAACGCGAUGCGCAAAACAACAGCCGAAAUCGCCUCCAACGCUGCAAAGCAGCUCAUCGAAAAUAGUGUGACGUCCUUGCAAACGAACCUCGAUCGUACUCGCCUCGCGAUGCAAUCCAAGAAAGCAGCACUAUCCAAAGCCAUGAAAACCCAAGAGUGGCCGAUGGUCAAGCGACUGCUCCUCGAAGGCGUCCCCGUCACGUCUCUCGACUUUCCGGGUGCCAUUGUGAACGCGAAUGACGCAGAGCUGCGUCACAUACUCGUGCGUGCGAUCGUGGAAGCAGACGAUUCGGUGCUGUUCCAAACGUUUUUACGUACUCUAGAACUGUCCAAGACGGCCCGGAACCAGCUGGCCCAAGUCGCGCUCGUGUUGGCGGUGACCAGCGUCAAGACGCUGUUUGUGAUGAACCUUCUCCGCAUGGCCGACGUGAACCUCGAUCUCGUCACGACGGAGGGGCCGUCGCCGUUGCAUCUAGCGGCCAAGAUUGGCUCUGUCCUAAUGCUAAGCAUGCUUCUGACAGCAUCACGCGCGGACGUCGACACGAUCAACGAGGGCUUCACAGCGCUGGCCAACGCGGUCCGCGAAGGGCACAUCGACGCUGCCAAGGUGCUGUUGAGCGCCAGCGCGAACCCAUCGUUUGUUCUGCCGUCUGGCCACACCAUUUUGGUCAUGGCCGUGCGGCGUGGGCACCAAGAGCUGGCUCAGCUGCUUUACGACAGCAUCUACACGAUCAUCCCAACCGUCACAUCGGCCGCCUUCUCGCCACUGGAGCGCUUGCCAAACGGCGGGUUCGGUGCCAUCGAGAAGGUUGCAUGGAAGAACAAAAGCAACGACGACAUUGUCAUCCGCAAGCGGCCUCUCCAAGCCGGAAGGUGUCGGUCGCCGUACUUGCUGCCGGCGCUGGCCAUCGUCGACAACCCGACGGACGGCGUACAACUAGUGACCGAGUGGAUGAGACAAGGGGACCUCUUUCACUACCUCAAGCGCUUGCGUACACCCUUGCCGAAUGAUGGUAUCGCGCUCGAUACUUUCGAAUUGUCGAUCGUCCAUGUCGCAUGGGUUAUCGCCAACGGACUUGCGUAUUUGCAUGCCAAGAACAUCAUCCACCGCGACCUCAAGAGCUCGAACGUCUUUCUCUGCGCCAAGCACGGAGUUGUCCUCGGUGACUUUGGCAUCGCGCGGGCUAUCGAAAAAGAAAUGACGGCGGGCGCAGGCACGGACGUUUGGAUGGCACCCGAAGUGCUCCGAGAAGAGAAUGAGGAAGUCCGUGUGUACGACGCCUCGGCCGACAUUUACUCGUUUGGCGUCAUCUUGACCGAGCUCGACACGGGCCACAAGCCAUUCGCGGACUCGCCUCUCAAGCCAUUUGAGAUUUUGAAUCGGGUCCGCCUCGGUACGCUGCGUCCGGCCAUGACCGACAACUCGGCCGACGGCCAAUGA